AUGCUGACAAGAUUUUUAUCGCUGGUAACCAUUUCUAUCUAUCUAUCUAACUAUCUAUCUAUCUCAGUAUGUAUUGAUUUGGUUUGUUUUGUUUUACGGCAUAUCGACCUCAAUGGCGUAUUUAAUGUCGACAAGAUUGUUAUUGCGGGUUAUACUAUCUAUCUAUCUAUCUAUCUAUCUAUCUAUCUAUCUAUCUAUCUAUCUAUCUCAAUUGUUAUUGCGGGUUAUACUAUCUAUCUAUCUAUCUAUCUAUCUAUCUAUCUAUCUAUCUAUCUAUCUAUCUCAAUUUUUAUUGCUGGUAAUAUUUUCUAUCUAUCUAUCUAUCUACCUAUCUAUCUAUCUAUCUCAUCUCUCUUACUCCUAAUCUAUCUAUCUAUCUAUCUAUCUAUCUAUGUAUCUAAAUGUCUGUCUGUCUGUCUGUCUAUCUAUCUAUCUAUCUAUCUAUCUCAGACUCGAUCGAUCGAUCGAUAUAUCGCAGUCUUCAUCCUUUCUCUUUCUUUCUUUCUAUCUUUCUUUCUUCCUUUUUAUCACGGCCUAUUCAUAUCUAUCUAUCUAUCUAUCUAUCUAUCUAUCUAUCUAUCUAUCACAGUCUCCUUUCUUUCUUUCUUUUCUUCUUUCUUUCAUUCUUUCUUUCUUUCUUUCUUUCUUUCUAUCACGGCCUAUUCAUAUCUAUCUAUCUAUCUAUCUAUCUAUCUAUCUAUCUAUCUAUCUAUCUAUCACAGUCUCCUUUCUUUCUUUCUUUCUUUUCUUCUUUCUUUCAUUCUUUCUUUCUUUCUUUCUUUCUUUCUUUCUUUCUUUCUAUCACGGCCUAUUCAUAUCUAUCUAUCUAUCUAUCUAUCUAUCUAUCACAGUCUCCUUUCUUUUCUUUUUUUUUCUUCUUUCUUUCAUUCAUUUUUCUUUCUUUCUUUCUUUCUUUCUUUCUUUCUAUCUAUAUAUAUAUCAUCUAUCUAUCUAUCUAUAAAAAGUCUCCUUUCUUUCUUUAUUCAUCUUUUCUUUCUUUAUUUCUUUCAUCUAUCUAUCUAUUCUAUCUAUCUAUCUAUCUAUCUAUCUCUAUCUAUCUAUCUAUCACAGUCUCCUUUCUUUCUUUCUUUUCUUCGCCAGUUUUCAUUUUCUUUCUUCUUUUCUUUUUCGGCCUAUUCAUAUCUAUCUAUCUAUCUAUCUAUCUAUCUAUAUAUCUAUCUAUCACGUCUCCUUUCUCACUUUAAUUUAUCUCUUUCUAUCUCUUUCUUUCUUUCUUUCUAUCUAUCUAUUCUAUCUAUCUAUCUAUCUAUCUAUCUAUCUAUCUAUCUUCUAUUUCAGUUCCUUUCUUUCUUUCUUUCUUUUCUUCUUAGGUUUUCUUUCUUUCUUUCUUUCUUUUCUUUUUUUUUUCUAUCACGGCCUAUUCAUAUCUAUCUAUCUAUCUAUCUAUCUAUGUCUUUCUUUCCUUCUUUUCCCUAUCGCCUCCCUUUUUUAAAUGUGUCUCUAUCAGUCUUUAAAAGACUUUAUUCCUCUUAUUAUUUCUCUCCUUUCUUUUGA